UUAUUGGACUUUAUCUAAUAUUAAACUAAUGUUAGAUAAGAUGACUCAUUUGUCUGAGACUGUUCAUACACUCAGUGCUAGAUUAGUACUGCUUGAAAUACAGCUUAAAAUUAAAGACACAAAAACUACAUCAGUUUGUCAUAUUGGUACCCAAACUGAAGAUCAAUUACUACAGUCCAUCCUGUCACAAGAAACAGAGACACUGCUGGACCCCACCCUGUCACCAGUAUCAACCCCAACUCUCUCUCCUUCUCCUACCAACUUUACAAGUUCUCAUAGUUCAAGCAGACUUCUACCCAUUGCUGCUACAAGUCCACACAGUACAAGUGGCUCAUUAUUAGCGACUGCUCCACAGACUCCUGAGGAUACAAGACAACUCAUUCAAAGCUUGAGGGCUAGAGCACGCUCUACGAAAGAACUGUUGCACAAAACAGGCCAUGCAGCCUCUCAUGAUGAUAGUAUAUAGACCUUUACAUGAAAUCAUUUUAAAACAGAAUUAUAUAUACAACUCUAUUAGUAUCUGUAUCUGCAAGUAUAGAUUUAAUAAUAAUAAAUAAUGCAAGAAACAAAUGAAGUCCAUUUGUGUGAGGAGUCAGAAACAAGUAGUUUUUAAAGUUAAAAUCUAAAAAAU